AGAAAAUAGAAUGGCGUCGUUUAUAGAAAAAAUGUUUGGCGUAGUACUACGAAAUAUACUAUAUUUCAUUCAUAGUCGAAAUGCGUUUUAAAAUUCGAUUAGGCACGUUUUGAAUGCGUUACGAUUUUAGAGACUUUUCGAUUCCUAAACAGUCUUGUCGGUUGUUGGUUGGUACUGUGAAGUGGAAUAUGUCGAAUAUGUCAACCGUGUGACAACAAAAUACCCGUCAAAAAUGUUGCAGGCACAACAUAACAUUAAUCCAUAUUUCGGAAUGGAUUUAUCAGAAACAAAUUAUAAUGUUAACGGUUACGAUGUUCAAGCUGAUACCGAGCCGUCCUAUUGUCUGUGUGGGCAACCUUACAACCCGGACAUUUUUAUGAUACAAUGCGAUGCCUGUAAGGAUUGGUUUCACAGUAGUUGUUGUAAUUUCCGAGAGUGGCAAGCAAUUGAAAUAGAUAAAUAUCAUUGUCCAAGGUGCAGUCCCGUUAUAGGCCCUUCGAUCCAUAAAACGAUUUACAACUCACAUCGUCAUGACUACUGGGAUGAAAAUGCUACAAAUAAACCAGUACAAACAGGCACUCCGGCAUUUAUCCAAGAACUUUGUACACGACAUUUUACGCCUGCAGAUGAAAUCAUCACAAAAGUGACGGGCUAUGAACUGACAAAACAAUUUUUGGAGUUCAAUGGUUUUAACAACCCUAUAAUUGUGGAUGACAGAGAGGGCUUGGACAUGGUAAUGCCACCAGAAAAUUUCUCAUAUGUAGAUGUUCAGAGACUUAUUGGUGAUCAUAAAGAAAUCGACGUAAUUGAUGUGUGUCGACAAACCAAUCUGAGAAUGACUUUGGGAGAUUUUGUUGAUUAUUUUCGCAAUUACAAUCGCACUAGAAUAUUUAAUGUUAUCAGCCUUGAAUUUUCCAAUACUGGAAUGACAAACAUAAUAGAACCCCCGCAAAUAGCUCGACAAUUGGACUGGGCAAAUUGCAUAUGGCCUCCAAAUUACGAAGGGCGACCGCAAGUUCAAAAAUAUUGCCUUAUGAGCAUUAAAGAUUCCUAUACAGAUUUUCAUAUAGACUUUGGGGGAACCAGUGUUUGGUAUCAUGUUUUGAAAGGGGAAAAGAUUUUUUUCUUUGUAAAGCCUACCCCUGCCAAUCUCACCUUAUACUCUCAGUGGAUGACUUCUACAAACCAAAGUGAAACUUUUUUUGGUGAUCAGGUUGAUAUUUGUUACAAGUGCCAUGUACGUCAAGGUCAAACAAUGUUAAUACCAACAGGUUGGAUACACGCAGUUUAUACCCCUGCCGAUUCAUUGGUAUUUGGUGGGAAUUUUUUACAUAGCUUUAAUAUUACAAUGCAGUUAAGUUGCUUUGAAAUCGAAAAGAAAACAAAAACGGAAAGAAAGUUCUUGUAUCCGAAUUUUAUAACCAUAAACUUUUUUGCGGCGGUGAGGUUAUUGGAACAGCUGAUCGAAAUCAAUUCUUCACGAGACGCCACGUGUCCCGAGUCACUCCUAGGUGGCUUGAAGGCAUUGCAGCAAGCUAUAAAACAGUGGAAUAAUGAAAAAGAUUACAAUAUUGCCGUCAGAGAACAAAUCCCGCCUCAUAUAAAUAUACCAAAAUUAUUAAAAGACCUAGGGAAGGAAAUUAGACACGCGGAGCGUAUUAUCAACCAUUUGAAUCCCCCGAAACCCGAACGCGAGUCGAAACGGAAAAGAAGGAAACCUGUUAAUAAAGAUUUUGUAGAUUAUUCAAUGUCACCGAAAGCUUUAACCUCAGAUUAUUUGCCAUCGAUACAGCAGCAAAACAUUACACCCAUCAUGAAAUAUCCUAAGAUUAAUCCCAAUCCCAACAUAAAACUAACCAUUCCUAAGCCUGUAACUUUUCCUUACGUUCGAUCCGCUGCGGAUUCAUCACUGUUGUUCGGCAAUCAGGAGCAGGUGUUUAACAUUCAAAAUAGCCAAAACAGUGACAACGUUCAGUUCUGGAACUUGCCUUUCGAUCGUCCUCAAGAAACCGUUGCCGAAUAUAAGGGCGGAACUGUACUUAAGUUUAAACUCAGUGCGAAGGAUAUAAUCCCUCCACCGGUUAUACCGAAUGAUAUGAAUAUACCCGAAGAUCCUUACGGAGAUGGUUUUGAUAAUCGUGAAGACGUAUACGCUUUUCACGACGAUAGUGAUAGAGAUGAAGACUGUUUAAAUUUUACAAUCGACGAACGACCGCCCCAGAAGAAAAGGGGCGGCGUUAAAACGCACCUGCCAGGCGGGAAAACUAAACACUGUAGGAACAAACUCCAACCUACCAUAAGCACGAAUGGAAUUGAAUCGCUGCUUCAGGCGUCCUUGACGGUCCCGGGACGAUCUCAAGGGGAAACUUCACCAUCGACGUCAGAGGCCAUAGCGGGUAUGCUCUCCAUAAGUCAAAAUUGGUCGACGACCAAGGCGAGGAGAUACUCGCAGAGUCUAGAAGAGGACGUUAAUAAUGUACAUCAGGAUGAGGAUUACAUUUAUCCAUCGUUAGACAACUCGGACGACGAAGACAUUCAUAUAUUCAAGCCCCGAGGUAGAACCAAGGUCGACGAAGCGUGGAACCCGAAAGCUCGCGUCGGUCCUCUCUUGCCUAAAAUGAACCGUCCCGCCCGAGAAGGUACCAAAAAACAAGCCAUCGAGAAGGUCUUAGAAGCAGCUGCCGCGCGAAGGGUGAACGAGUCACCAGAAAAAUCGCCGAAAAGGCAGUAUCGUCGAAAGAAGCUGAAACCAAAGAUGGACCUGCGAAGUCCUUCGAGUACGGGCAGCAGCCAAUCGGGACGGAGUAAUUCGUCCAAUUUAGGUGCGAGUUCAAAUAAUACCAGCCAAACCCAUCAAAAUCAUUCGCCACCGAAGCCCCGUAAAGGCAUGAAAACCGUCAAGCAACGUCUCGGCAAAAUUUUAAAAAUUCAUAAAAUGAUUCAUUGAACUGGAAAGGUAAUUUUUAUUUAUGCUACUUUCGAAAGAUUAAUGAUUAUUUUGUUAGUGGGGUAAACUAAACCGAAUCUGGGCGAAGUUUGUUUAGCGUGGUGGGUAAACUAAAAAAUAGUAGGGUAGGAUAGGACCAGUUAUGGACACUUCAAGGAAUUAGUCUCAUAUAAUACAUUAUUGAAAAAGGCGCUUCAUUUUUCUUAAUAACCAAAUUAUGUAUUCCAAAAGAAAGUUCAAUUACAGUUGAGAUGUAUAUUUUUGUCCCAGUUAUGGACAGGCACUUUUUUUACCAAUCCUAAUUUGGGCGCUUGUUAAUCCAGUAAUGGUCAUUAUAUUUUAUUUAUAUUUUUUAGCUAUAGUGCAUAAUUAUCCAGGUACCCUGUUAAAUUAUACUAAUUUGAGAGGUGCAGAAAAAUAAUUAAUGUUCUAGAAAACAUAAUUAAAGAGUGGAAAAAAAGAUUCCUAAAGCGAUAAUUUAUAUUGCACAAAAUUCAAAGCUUUAAAAAAAUGGUAAGGAUAAUAAACAGUUAAGGUACUUAGGUAUAAAGUCAGACUUAUAAAUAAAUUUAACAUUUAUAAACUAAAAUAUAUAAACAUAAUUGCUUGUUUUCAUUUUCAAUGAGCCACUUUCUUAGGUAGGUUUUCCAUUUACAUUUUAGUGGGGGAAAAGACUGCCACAGCAAGAGGGUGUAUUAAAUGGGCGGCAUUUGCAUAAAAUGCCACCAAAAUAAUUUCCUUCUCACGCAAAAACAUGCUAAGAUGCAGUGUUAAGUAAGUGGGCUUUAUGUUCAUCGACUGAAAGGACGUUGCAUGUUAUUUUUUGUAAGCCAGAGUACAGCAAUAUUUGCCAUGUAUUCAAAGAUAAACAUUUCCCUCAACCCCAGCCUUUUGGAAAAAUUUGUACAAUUUUUGCAGGUAUUCUUUUUCCGAGGUCUUUGAAACAUCGUAUAUAUUUUUAAUGCCGUUUGGAGGCAGAACUUUCCCAGUUGUAGGACAUAAGGAAAUAGCUGUCUCAUCAGCAUUAAAAAGGCUAUUUUUAUUUUCUAAAAUGUUGAAAGUGUCCAUUACCGGUUCCAUAUCCGAGACUGGUGUCGCUGCCCUAAUCUAAGAAUAUAUUUUUUCUACUCCCUUCUGAAAGUUUAAACUUGUUAAAAAAAAUUCGUUUCCGUAUCUUUAAGAAUUAAAGAAAAAAUAUAUAUCACGGCAUUUUUUUUCUUUACGGAUUUGUGACAUUUACGCACCUGUGAACUAUAAAUGUUGCUCUAAAUUAAUCUGAACCUCAAGCAAUAAACACCACGCUAAGAACGUUAAUCGUUUAUUUUUACUGAGAGUCAUUUUGGUAAAAAAUGUAUUAGUUAAUUAAUUAAAAUUUAAAAACAGCGCUACUAGCGAAUUGAUAUUUUUUUUCUGCGCUUAGUUUCCCACAUUUUUUCUUGCGGUUUUCGAGUACUUUUUUAACAUUUAAUUGAAACCUAUUUCGCUUACAUAUGAUGUUUAUAUUUUUUUGUCUGUUAUUACGUAUAAUUUAAAACAUUCCUAUCAGUUUGCUUUCCUUAUCUGUAGUUUUCAAGAAAAACCUUAAAGAAUCCGUCAUUUCGGUAAACAAGAAGAAAACUAAUUCUUUCAAGGCACUUGAAGCCAUUUUAUAGUACGGGUAAAAAAACACAAUUUGUAGCUAUCAUUUAAAUUGGUAAUUACUAAACUAGAUUGACCACUAUUGAUACACCGACUUUAAAACUGAUGUGUGUCUAAUAUUUUAAUUCGUCCGUUGGUUCUUUAGAAACUGCUGUAUCAUUUUUGCUGUGGAAUGAAAAAAGUGCGCGUGAUUAUAUGUAUCAGUAUUGGUUGGUUUAUAAUUAAUGCCUAAAAUUAGAAAUUACGUUCGCGUUUUUGUCUCGAUUUAACUUAUUUUUAUGUGUAGAGUUUUUUUUUUUAACUUUAUUGUUCGCAUAUAUCUUUGCCUAAAUGGCGCUCCAUAUACGGGGUACGAUCCUUCGAAGUUGUGCGGUAAUAAAAUUUGUACUCCUGUACAUAUUGUACAUCUUUUAUUUUAGUUUCGUAAAUGUUACUGUAAAUAUUAAUAGUAUAAGUGUUAAACUUUAUAUGGAUUUUUUUUUGUUAGCCAGAAUAGCGGUGUCAUUUUUCAUUUUAUUUCGUUAAUACAUUUUUUCUACUUUUUGGGGGUUCUCUCUUCUCUUCGGUUAGGUUGGACGAAUUUCAUCCGAGUACUUAUAGACCUAGAUAGGUACCGAACAAAUCGUAAACCAAAUAACUUGAUGGCGUCUUUGUGGUACCCUGACUUUUUUUUAUAAAAUGAGAUUCGCUUCAUAAUUGUAAUAUAUGUAAAUUUUUCAAAAGGUUUUUAAGAGGAUACAUUCAGGGAGGUUUUUUUUCAUUUGAUAUAUAUAUGUAAAUAAAAAUACAAAAUGUUCAUUUCUGUGAUCAUUGCAAAAUGAAAUUUUGCAUUAGUAGUAACCGACGUUGAAUUUUGUAAAGUGAGGGCCUUCUUUUUGCCGGCAAUGGUGGGGGCGGUGCCCAAAAGAAAGCCUUCGCUCGAUUUUGUUAGGCGUCUGACAAAAUGUACAUCGAUAAAUCUUGAUUGAAUAUUGAAUGAGUUUUUCCUGCAACACACUGCCAAUUGGCAAUUGAUUUGUCGUUAUCUAUUUUUCAACUUUUUACAGAUUUGAAUUAUCUACUCUCCGUGAUUUUUGUCGUUUUCGAUAUUGAUACUAAUUAUUAUUAUACAUCUAUAUUUACCGAGUAUUACCGAAUUAAAUGUAACAUAUCUCGAUAUGUUAUACAUUACACUUACGUUUUUAUGUGGUAACUGUAAAAACCCGAAAUAUGUUUAAUACACGUUUCUUUUUAUUUUAUUUUUCAGCUGCAAUAAAUUUUUGCAUUAGAUUUGAAAAAUUAAA